GCGAGAAAAGCUCACUGUAUGCGGAAACGCGCCCAUGUGCACGAGCAUUAGCGUGACAAAGGCAGUGAAAAGUGUGUUUUAAUUGCAUUUUCGGGUCGUUGUGGUGAUAGAAACUUGCUGAACAUGAAUGCUGAGAAGUUGAAGAAGCUGCAGGAGUCGGUGCGCAUCGGGGGCAAGGGCACGCCGAGGCGCAAGAAGAAGAUUGUCCACCAGACGCCCGGAACAGAUGACAAAAAGCUCCAGUCAUCGCUGAAGAAGUUGGCCGUCAAUACGAUUCCCGGAAUUGAGGAGGUGAACAUGAUAAAGAACGACGGCAGCGUGAUUCACUUCAACAAUCCAAAGGCUCAAGCUUCGCUCGCGGCCAACACGUUCGCCAUCACGGGUCAUGGGGAGAACAAGCAGAUUGUGGACAUGCUGCCAGGCAUUCUCACGCAGCUCGGCCCGGAGGGGCUGAACCACUUGAAGCGGCUGGCCAACGAUGUGGUGUGCAACGAGAAGCUGCUGAACGAGGAGGACGACGUCCCGGAGCUGGUGGAGAACUUCGAGGAGGUGGCGGACAAGGAGCCGACCGUGGAGAGCGUGACGAAGAAGACGGAGCAGGUGACGGUGUCGUAAAGCGUGGGCAAUAGAGGAGUCUCAGCAAGAUUGAAGAUCAACCUUUAGACCGCUAAUGUUAUAGAAAUUCACAGUUCUGGGCAUCCGGAGGUGUUUUAAAAGAUGAAAAAUUGUGCGCGCACCCACGAAUUGACUGUAAAUAUCUCACGCUUGAGACAUCUGACCUUCUAGCGGCUGGAGCGUCUGUAGACGUUGAUUCCAUUGAUAACAAGCAGUAACUUCAACAUUUCCUCUUUUAAAUGGACAUUCACAAGAUGGAUAGACAUUUUAUUGUAUUGCCUUUUGAGAAAUGAAAUAAAUUCCAAUAUUUUUUCUGGUCAAA